AUGAAGAUCUUCCACCUUGCCCUUCUCGCCACUGCCGCUAAUGCGUUCGCACCAAACAGCUGCAGAACGACGCAAUCCAGUACCACUGCACUGAACCUGUUUGGAGCCAAGAAGGAAGGCGGUGAAAAGGGCCCCGGUCUGAUGGAUCAAAUGGCAAUGUUCAAGAAGGCACAAGAAAUGGCAUCCAAGAAACAAAAGUUGGACGCAGAACUGCAGAAGGAAAACUUUGGGGGAGAGAGUUCCAACGGCAAGGUCAAGUCUAGCCUCAAAUUUGUUCCCGUCAAGAACCCAAUGGACCCCAACCCUGACUACGAAGCCACCGGGUUUGAGUUUGAUGAUGAAUUCUUUGAAUCUGCAACACCAGACGAACUCAGUGCUGCUAUUACCGAAUCCCUGAUGAAUGGUAUUGCCAAAACCAACCAGGCCGUCGCCGAAAAAUAUGCUGUUCUGCAAAAAGAUCUUGUAGAAGCACUGGGGCAAAAGAAAGAGGAGUAA